AUGGGGACAGCAAGGUCCCGUCCCACUGGGCUGGAAGCCACCUGCAACCGCGAGGCACGUCGGCUACAUAACAAGUCCAACUGCCCGGAGACAUGGUGCCGGAGAAGCAAAGGCACUUCGUCCCACAGCGUUGCGGCCACCACAGAACCCCCAAAAAAGAAACCGGACCCUGUCACUUCGGAGACGGUGGUGAUCUGGGGGCUGCGCCUCUGGCAGGUGAUUGGUAUCUUUGCCAUCUUUGUCCUGGCAGUCAUUAUCACGCUCUGCUGUAUCUUCAAGUGCCGGAUUCCCCGGACAAGGAAAGAGAUUGAGGCACGAUAUGCUCAACGGCAAGCAGCCAAGACAUAUGCAGACAAACUGGAGACUGUGCCACCGCUCAACGAGCUGACAGAGAUCCCUGGAGGCUCUACUGAAACUCUCCUAACUCUCUCUGGUCAUGUCCAGUCCAGACCUCUCAACUCCUUGCCUGUGGUGAAAGAAGAAGAUGAAAUGACCCUGCAAGGAAAUUAG